GUUCCCCCCAUACACUCAUCUCAUUAAUGCCUAUACUCAAAUAACUUCCCUCCAAAAUUAAACCCUCCAUCUUCUCACACACCCAAACCCUUCCCCUAAACACUUUGAUGAAAAACAGAGCACUAUUAUAAUUUUUGCUUGCGGAUCUACCCGGAAAUCAGAGUAGAGGGUGGAGUACAGCAGGUAAAUUAGCAUGCCCAAUUUGCAUAGAACAAUCAAAAGCUUUCAGUUUGAAAUAUGGAAGGAAAAUUACUUGGUUUGAUUGUAACUGCCAAUUCUUUCCUUUCAAUCAUGAAUUUAUAAGAAACAAGAAUGAUUUUUAUAAAGGGAGAGAGGGUCUAAAAGAGAUGGACAAUCUAAUGGUAAAAAAGGAAAAUCAAGUAAAAGAAAGACAUGUGCAAUAAAGCGGCAAACAGUUCAAUUGCCUGCCAUUAUCCCUUCACGACCUCUCCCAUCUCAAACUGGUCCACUUCAUGUCAAUGACUCUUCUUUGCAUCAACCUAGUGUCAAAAGUCAAUCGUUUCCAGCCUCAUAACACUAAUUUUGUGCCUCCCAUAAUUCUAUCACAACCCCUCUUAUCUCAUACUGGUCCUUUUUGUGUCAAUGAGCCUUCCUUGCGUCAACCUAGUGUUGAUGUCAAUCGUUCCCAACCUCAUAACACUAAUUUUGUGCCUCCCAUAAUCCCAUCACGACCCCUGUAUUCUCAUAUUGGUCCACUUCAUGUAAACGAGUCUACUUUGCCUCAACCUAAUCUUGAAAUUAAUCGAUUGCAACCUAAUAACAUUGAAUCUCAACCUCAAUCUAAUCAGUCCCAAAUAAAUCAAGAAACUGAUCCGUUGAUGUCAUAACCGACCAAUAUGACUCCAGCCACCUCGUGUAGUACGGUUGGCAAUGGAGACGAUGAUCAGCGAAUAUGGAUUAUACCUGAAGUGGAUGGGUUUGAUCCUCACAAGCCAGUUAUUGAAGGUAUUGCUAGUUGCAUUCGUAGUAAAUUUGAGUUGGCUAAACCUUCUUGGAAGAAGCUCCCGGAAUCUACUCGCGGUAUGUGGUUUGAGGAAUUCAAGGGGAGGAAAUUUAUAAUUAGGUUCAUGUUCAAAUACAGGUGGUGUGAGAUUGUAUGACUAAUGCAGUUUUCGUUUGAUAUGUGCAGAAGAAAUUUAGAUGGCUCCCUCACUAUAAUCAUGCUAUACGGUGCAAUUUUGAGAAAAGGGGAGCUGCAAAGAUGAGCCAACUUUUUCAAGAUGUUAGGAAAAACUUGAAUGUGAAGCCACAUUGAAUGGGGGAUGCUGUAUUCAAGGAGAUGAAGGAGCAUUGGGAGUCUGCUGCAUUCAAGGAAAAGUCCGAACAAAACAAGAAGAAUCGUGAUUCAAAUGCUGGUGCAUCACUUCAUAUAGGUGGUUGCAUACCUCAUCGAGUCAUCUAUAAGACAAUGAAUAAUUUUGAAAGAAAGAAACAAGAAUUAUCAGCUUCUCAAAGUGCAUCUGUUGCGGAAGGAGACACUAAUUCAGCUAGCCAAUCUUCUCAAUUAAGUGAAAUGGAUAUCUGGGUGCAAUUUGUUGGUGGAAAGAAAAAAGGAAGAGUUGCAGGUCUUGGCUUGUUGGGUCGAUCUGUAAAAGCACAUAAGCAAUCAACAUCGGCUUUAGCGGGAGAAAUUGAUGAGAUGAUUAAAUCCCAGGUACAUGCUUCCAAUGCUGACUUGUAUGCUAAGUUGCGGGAAGAACGACGCAAAAAUAAGAGUAUGAGGAAAGAAUUAGACUUGUUGAAGAAGCAUGUAUACAACGCAUCAUCUCAUGAGCGUUCAUCUCAAGAAGACAAUCAAGGCUAUGAGAAUGAAAGUGAUGAUGACUCUGAUAAUGUGGAUGAAAGUGGUGAUGACUCUGAUAAUGUGGAUGCAAGUGAUUCUGACUCUGAGACGUGAAUGAAAGGGACGAUAAUCAGGAUUGAGAUAGUUGAUAGUACUAUUUAGGAUUCAAAUUUGAGAUUCUUUUUUUCAUUUCAGAAUUAUACACUAUUGACAUGGAUGUUAUGAAUUAUGUUUUUUUUGUUAUAAUGAUUUAUAUUAGACUUA